ACUAGACUGAUCACCAUGGCAACUAACUUCAACCCAGACCAACAAUGUGAAGGAAAGGAGUGUCAAUCAAUCACAGAUGUGACGUACUACGUGGAGGAGAAGAAGAGACUCUGUGAUGACUGCGCCUCUAAAGAAGGAUGCAUCGCAAGAAUUAAAAGAGGUGUACCAAAUAUUUAUUGUGAAGAACAUGAUGAAAAGGUAAAAUUAUAUUGUAAAUCUCAUGGCGUUCCAUUGUGUUAUUCAUGCGCUAUGGUCAAACACCGGCGUAAUUGCGAGCAACAAGAUAUAAAUGAUGCAAUAAACGACAAUGGGGCGAGACUAACAGUUCUAAAAGAAAAAGGGAGGGACAAAUUGAAAGAAGGUCGUCUUUAUGAAGAUGAAAUUGACCAAUGCACAAAAGACACAGACACCCAUCUACAAGCUUUGAAAAAUGAAGUUAAUUCGAUAAUCAAGGAGGCGAUCAACACAGAUAAAGCCAAGGAGAAGAUGGAGGCUGACAAAAUCAACCAAGAAUUUGAUGAUAAGAAUCAAGUACUUCAAGAACAGAUUAUGAAGAUCAAUGAAAAGAUUCGAAAGAACAAUGAAGAGAGAGAGAAACAACUUGAAUUACUCCAUACAAAUGCACAGAUUAGACAAAGACACAUGGACAAUAAGAAGAUUGGUCUUCAUAGAGACAUUGAUAACAUUGUUAAAGAGAAGGAUAAGAAGAUCAGAGAGUUGAUGAAAUCAUUACAUGAUGACACAAAAACAAUAGAGAAUGCAUUACAGACCAUAGAUACAUUACUAGAAGACGAUAAAAACAUUGUUAAAGAUGGUCAUAGUGUGAACAUUUCAGUGAGUGAUAAACUAAAGAAACCACAUUAUAAGGAUAAAGUGAAACAAAUCACUGAUAAAAUAUCAUGUGUGAGGUUUGUGAAGGGUGUUGGGAGAGAGAAGUAUGAUGGUAGGAUUGGUGGGUAUGAUGGCGAGUGGAUGCUUAGUGAUACAAUCAGUGUCAAAGAUGAAAUCAAAGUCCCGCUUAUUGUGGGCUGCUUAGAUGAAAGUAAUGUGAUCAUCACCGACUGGUUGUCCGAUAGACAUACAUACAUGUUAGAUAUGAACACUAAACACAUCCAGAGAGUGAUAACAAGUACUGACACAUCAUGGGUAGUCUCCUGUGCAUUACUGAAUGAUGGCAAGAUAGUAUGUGGUAAAUACUCUAAAGGUUGUACAGGGAAAUGUUUGACUAGAUGCAUCAGUGUGUAUGACAGACAAUGGACGAACAUCAAUGACGUCACAAUACCAAGAAACACAACGCACGAUACCUCAUGGGUGGAUGUAGCUGUUGACCGUGAUGGGAUGAUCAUCGCUGAGGAGAGGGAUCAGUCUAAGAUAUACGUCAUCAACCCAGCUGAUAGUAAGAUCGUGAAUACCAUCAAAUGUAAACAGAAAGUACUGAUGCGAGGUGUGCUACAUGUAUCAUCAGGUCACAUCAUCGCUCAACCUUACCCUCUUGGUAAGAGAGUACUAAUCAUAGACAGACAGGCUGGUAAAAGGGAAAUCCCCCACAGUGACGUCAUCUUGAAUGUCAGUGUUGAUUCUGUAACAGAGGACCUCUACGUCGUGUCAUCAGAUGAUGAGGGCAAGACGUGUGUGAUUGAUCAGGUGAUGAGAGGGAGUGAAGUGAAGAAGAGAAGAGUGACGUCAUUCCCUCUAUCAACUAGACUGACUGAUCAAUGGACUAAUGUUGGGUCAAGGCAAUAUUAUCUUUCAGUAUCUCGUGUAAUGAUCUCAUUAUCAGGCAAGAUAAUUGCUUCUGAUGGAGACAGUAUUCUCGUAUUCGAAAAAAGACUCACAUUCUAA